UUGUUUAUAAUAUUAGACCUAUUUAAAGAGAUGCUAGAAAAUAAUGUAGAUGUAUGUUUACUCAUCACAGCCAGUGAUGGUGAUUGGAUAUUUUUUUAGUUAUAUGAACCGCACUAUCAGUAAAUGUUAGAGAGGAGAGUGAAAGGUCAGCUUGCCCAGUCAUGGGUUUAUGGGCAGCUUUCCUAUCCUGUGCGGUCCUAGCGGGACUGGGCUACGCGGAUAGAAGGGUUGACAGUCGUUCGUGUUUCCAAUCAUCUUAUAGUGAAGCUUCUAUCUACAACUUCACAAUACCGAACCUUUUCGAAACGAAAAACAUAAGUUUGUCGCAGUUUCGAGGUCAAGUUGUUUUAAUCGUCAAUGUGGCCACUUACUGAGGUUUCACUUGGCACUACGGCCAACUGAAUGCACUACAAGAAACUUAUAACGGUUUUACCGUAUUAGGUUUUCCUUGCAACCAAUUUUGGAUGCAAGAACCUGGAGGAGAUGGCAAAGAGAUCUGGAAUGGUAUAAAACACGUUAGACCCGGUAACGAUUUUACACCGAAUUUUCCAAUUUUCAAGAAGAUCGACGUUAAUGGAGAGAAAGAGCAUCCACUUUACACUUAUCUGAAGAAAUUCUGUCCUCCAACCAGAGAUUCAUUUGCACCACAAGAAAGGCUUUUCUACACCCCAUUAAACAGUAGAGAUAUACGCUGGAACUUUGAAAAAUUUCUUAUAAAUCGUAACGGUAAACCCGUAACGCGUUACGAUCCGAGCGUGCAACCUCAGAUGAUAGCUAGAGAUAUCGAACAUCUUCUCGCAUCAGAAUAAGAUUUAAAAAAAUUUAUAUUGUAAUUUACUCUUUAUCUCUUGUUAUGAAGAAUAAAUCAGCACCUGUCACUCGACAGUUGGUUUAUUCCGAUGUGUAUAUUUUCCAAUUUAGUCUUGUGCAUUCGACUUAAUUGGGAGAUUUACGUCUUGAAAGAUAAA